GGGUCGAGGAGCCAAGAAAACGGGCCCCAAGGGAGUGCGGGACGAAAUAGAAGGGUUUCUUUAGCGUCAUGGAAGGAGCGAAAUCUCAAGAGACUGGGAAAAGCCCUUUAUGUCAGGGACAGGGUUGUCGUAGGCACGGCCUUAAGAAUAUAAACGGCUGAGGAAGAUCGAUCCAGGGGUGUCACGGAAGAAGGGAAUGACGAGGUCUGCGAGAGUAGACUGGUGGGGAAAAGGUCUGUUCUCACAGAAGUCGCUUAGUUACCAAGUCCGCGAGAGUUGAAAGGCCAGUCGAGCUGAAUGAGAGCUGUUAGCAGCCAGGUCAGGGGAAGAGGGCUGGGGCAUGGAAGAUGCCCCCACCUCUCAGAAGGCUCGAGGAAUGCUAGAGUUGCCCCGAAAAGUAAGAAGCCGGCGAGGAAGCUGCUGGGGAAGGAAGCUGGUCAGGGAGCUAACGAUGGAGUCUGAUAAACCGCAGGUGUGGGAGGAUAAUAUCAACUAACGGUCCCAGCAGCGGCCUCAGGAAGUGGGACUGAAGAAGAUUCCAGGGUGCAGAACACAGAUGUGUCCUGGUUCCUCCCUACUUCGGGCCAGCUGUGCGACCCUGAGCCGACCUCCACUCCCGUUGCCGUCGGUGGCCAUGGUGGAGGUGCAGCUGGAGAGUGACCAUGAAUACCCCCCAGGCCUGCUGGUGGCCUUCAGUGCCUGCACCACCGUGCUGGUAGCCGUGCACCUCUUUGCACUCAUGGUCUCCACGUGCCUGCUGCCCCACAUCGAAGCCGUGAGCAACAUCCACAAUCUCAACUCUGUCCAUCAGUCACCGCACCAGCGACUCCACCGAUAUGUGGAGCUGGCCUGGGGCUUCUCCACUGCCCUGGGCACCUUUCUCUUCCUAGCUGAAGUUGUUCUGGUGGGCUGGGUCAAGUUUGUGCCCAUUGGGGCACCCAUGAACAAACCAGCUCCUGUGGUACCUAUGUCCCAGGUGCCACCAGUGACCCUUAGUUUACCUUCCAACCUCACUCCGUCCUCUGCUUCUGUAGCCACACCACAGCAGCCUUCCAAAGCCUGUCCACCCCGACAAGUGUGUGGUGGUGCCCAUGGGCCAGGUUGGCAGGCAGCUAUGGCCUCCACAGCAAUCAUGGUACCUGUGGGACUGGUGUUUAUGGCCUUUGCCCUGCAUUUCUACCGAUCCUUGGUGGCCCACAAGACAGACCGUCACAAGCAGGAGUUGGAGGAACUCAGUCGCCUGCAGGGGGAGCUGCAGGCUGUGUGAGCCUGGCUUAGACUCUUGGAAACAUUGACGCCCCGUGUCUGCAAGGGAUCCCAGGGACCUACAGACCUCAUUCGUUGCCCCAGACUUGAGCCACGUACUGUAAACUACUCUCAGGUAGAGGCCAAAUUCCUGCACAGCGUCCCACACUCCCAGGGAUAUCCCGUUACCACAGCCCAGUGGAUUUUGUAAGCUGCACCUUGCCUAGCUGGAGAAAGGAAGUAGAAUGGUCUCAGUAGAGGCCCUAGCGGGGUCUUCAGUGGUGCUGAGCAUUUGCUUGCUCCUCCGCAGGAAGGUGACAUGCCCGCACACCUGUCCUCCAAGGCAGUCAACUCUUGCUUAUGUAUAAUCUAUUUCACAGUUGACAUCCUGGGAGGGUUUUUUGCCGGUCAUGGUUUUGAUGGGUUCCCCUUUCCCGACUGGGCUGCUGUAGGUGACCUGGGUGUCUGUCCCUAGGAUGAGCCACUUCCCACUUGGUGACUUGUGGUGGUGCCUGUCCCACUGCCCUAGACUCAUCUGUUCCCACCUCUUUGGCCAGAGCUGGGAGAGGAGGAACCUUUGAAGACUGACUGACUGCUGCCGACUCGACUCCUUGACAAGGUCAGGGGGUUUGUAAGGCAGACAGUUCAGCCCUUAGAACGCAGAGCGCUCCAGAUGCUACAUUUCCGAUAGACCUUUUGUUAAUAAACUGUUUCACGUGUU